GGGAUAGCGCCAUUUUGUGCUGUUCUCGGAGACUGUAACGGAAGCGGGGGAAGAGGCUUCAGACGAGCCGCACAGUCGCCAGCGUCUUCCGCUGUAUUUGACCGCUUGACUCUCUCGCUAGUGUCACCACUUUACUUGGUUACCGGUCUUAGGUUUCUGGGCUCAGUAUUCCGAGGCCAUGGCGGAUGUCGACAAACUGAAUAUCGACAGCAUCAUCCAGCGGCUACUAGAAGUAAGAGGAUCAAAACCUGGUAAAAAUGUCCAACUUCAAGAAAACGAAAUUAGAGGGUUGUGCUUGAAAUCUCGAGAAAUCUUCCUCAGUCAACCUAUUUUACUUGAACUUGAAGCACCUCUUAAAAUCUGUGGUGAUAUUCAUGGGCAGUACUACGAUUUGCUGCGGCUCUUUGAAUAUGGUGGAUUUCCUCCUGAAAGCAACUACCUAUUUCUUGGUGACUAUGUGGAUCGAGGGAAACAGUCCUUGGAAACUAUUUGUCUCCUUUUGGCAUAUAAGAUAAAAUAUCCAGAGAAUUUUUUCCUCCUUCGAGGAAAUCACGAGUGUGCCAGCAUUAACAGAAUCUAUGGAUUUUAUGAUGAAUGUAAACGAAGGUAUAAUAUUAAAUUAUGGAAAACCUUUACAGACUGCUUUAAUUGCUUGCCAAUAGCGGCAAUAGUAGAUGAGAAGAUUUUUUGCUGUCAUGGAGGUUUAUCUCCAGAUCUUCAAUCAAUGGAGCAAAUUAGGAGAAUUAUGCGCCCUACUGAUGUUCCGGAUCAGGGCCUGUUGUGUGAUUUGCUUUGGUCUGAUCCUGAUAAAGAUGUGUUAGGUUGGGGUGAAAAUGAUAGAGGUGUAUCCUUCACAUUUGGAGCUGAAGUUGUGGCAAAAUUUCUUCACAAACAUGAUUUGGAUCUCAUUUGUCGAGCUCAUCAGGUUGUUGAAGAUGGAUAUGAGUUUUUUGCAAAAAGACAAUUGGUGACACUUUUCUCUGCACCAAACUAUUGUGGAGAAUUCGACAAUGCCGGGGCAAUGAUGAGUGUAGAUGAAACCUUAAUGUGCUCCUUCCAGAUUCUAAAACCUGCAGAGAAAAAGAAGCCCAAUGCAAGCAGACCUGUAACGCCACCUCGAGGCAUGAUCACAAAGCAGGCAAAGAAAUGAGUGUCCUUCUCUCCUUGGACUUGUAUUAUAGUAUAUAAUCACUUUUUUAUUUCAAAUUGUGUAAUGUGUACUGGUCCGCUCCAUCCAUCUAGAUGUUGGUGGCUCCUUUUCACAACUUUAUUUGUUUUGCUUCCCUUUUUAAUUGUAUUUGCUACAGCGCUCACUAUUUUUCUUUUCAGUCUGAAAGCACCUACUGUUUUGCUCCCAAAUUGGUUUACUUUAUGCCAGUGUUACUGUACACUCCUGUUCUCUUUAAUCCAUGUAGCUUUGUACAAUUCAUAUUAACUGUAAAUGCUUGUUUACUACUUUAGUACAGAGGGCACGCAAUGGCUGGUGAGAGAAGGAAUGUCACUGCUAGAAUUUGCCUAUUGUUUAUACAAACCACUGUGAAGAAUUUUUUUUUUUUACUUGUUUUAAAGGGAUAUUCUUUUAAAGUCAUGUCCACAAUUGUAUAGCCAUUUUCAAUGAAAUAUCUCCUAAACUCCCAAACUUUGCCAACAUCACUGGUUUGAUGUAUAUUUAAUUGAAGCACAUUUUCCCGUACUGUAUUCUUUAACUGAAAUUAAAGCCAUUAUUUUAACUGUUGUGUUCAAUUUCCUACAACUAUAAUCUGUACCAGUGUAUUGCUCAUGUCUUCCACAGCAGUGAAGUUUGACUUGCAUCUGUAGUGUUUGCAUGGUUACUGAAAAAUAGAGAGAAUGGUUAAUAAGACAUUUAAUGCACUUCCUAAUGGCAUUAGAAAAUGUGACUGGAUUUAAAAUGGCCCUAAAGAUAUAGUUACCACUUAUUGAGCUAUCUGAAUUACGAUAUGCCAAAGUUGUCACUUUAAUGUUUACCAGCCUUUUUUUAUUUCUUAAUAAAAUAAAAAAAAAAACUGAGCGA